AUGGUACGAGUAUUAAAAUAUUGCCAUUUUAUAAUAAUCAGAUUAGUCAAAGCUGCUUUCAAUCAAAGAAAUAUAAUUACUUUACCAAUUGAAUUUAUCCUCAACUUUUCAUUAAUAUUUAUUUGGUUGAAUCUGUUCUCAUAUGCUAAAUAUAUUCCAACAAAUAUUAGACCCGCAAUCCACUCAAAGUUUGCCUUCUUAAUGGACUCAUACCUUUUUGGAGAUACAUUUAAAGAAUUAAAUGCACAAUACAAUGUCAAUGAUCUAAGUAUACUGUCCAUAUUUACCUCUUCUACAUUUACAAUCAUUUGUCUGUUAUUAAUUCCACUAUCUGUCUGGUAUUAUGUGUAUUAUAUUAGAAAAUUGAAAUAUAAUUUAAUUGAUUGGUAUGAUCACAUUUUCCACUUUGAAAACAUCAACAACGUUAAAAGACUUAGACUUAUUGUUUACCCAUAUUUGAUACCGUUCCUUUCAUUUACUGUCUUAAAUAUUUUGCAUCUUUUCACUAAACAAGAAACAAACAAUUUUUCAAAGACAAAGGACCUUUUAGCAUGGACUUCGUAUGUGAUCUUACAUAUCACGGUCCCUAUAUUAACUGCCAUUUAUUUAUAUUUAUUCCAUGUUCCAGGUGUUGUCAAGUAUUUCAGUCUUUCCUUAGGUAUUCAAAAUUUGUUAGGAAUCUUCACACAUCUAGUAUUCCCCACUGCAUCACCAUGGUUUACCCAUUUAUACGGAAUCAACGAUGUUGAUCAUGUAAAUUAUGAACAAGAAGGUUUUGCUGCUGGUUUAGUUAGAGUUGAUAAACAUCUGGGGACCCACUUAAAUACAAAUGGUUUCCAUCAGAGUCCUAUUGUGUUUGGUGCAGUGCCAUCCUUGCAUUCCGCUAUAGCAUUCCAAUGUUUUCUAUUUAUUAUGACCAGAGCCUCCUCUUUGAAAAAUAGAUUUUCGUCUUCAAAUGAGAUACUGCCAUUAGAUGAUGAACAAUCAUCAACGGUGUCUUCCUCUCCAUCUUCUUCCACCCCUUCUUCACCCUUCUCUGAAUCAUUUGAUUAUGCUAGAAACCAACUACCAAACCCAAUAGUACCAUCUUUAUCUUCUUCUACAUCCUCUCUCUCUCUAACUAAAACAUCUUCAAUGUUCAGUAGUGAUGAAGAGACGACUCAUGAAGUUAGAGAAAUAAGCAAGUGUCAAAUAGAUGAAAAGAUUCAUGAUUUAGAACAAUCCGUCAAUAACUUAGCCUCCGAGAAUCCAUUAAAUUAUGUUAAAUUAUAUGAAUUUGACCAACAAUUUGCCAACAGUUGGAGAUUUAUUAUUUUCAACAAGGGUCUCAUUGCUAAGAUGUUAAUUUCCGGUUACAUCAUAUUGCAAUGGUGGACCACAAUGUAUUUAGACCAUCAUUAUAGAUUCGAUUUGUUCGUAGGGAUGUUAUACUCGUUGCUCACGUUUAUUAUUAUGAACAUAUUUUUCAUGCAACCAAAAGUGAUGAAACCAUGGAUUGAAGUUAGAUUAGGGGAAAGAGACGAUGUCAAGAAUGAGUCUAGAACUUUUGGCAUGAGGGUGUUUCAAGGUUCGAGAUAUGAAUGGUUUUUCGAUCCAUUGGCAUAA